GGUGUUGGUAAAAGUGCCCUGAUUGUGCAGCUUGUUCAUGGUAUUAACAAAAAUAUAAUAUUCAAUACUAAAGGAAAGUUUGACGACAAAUACGACCCGACCAUUGAGGACACGUAUCGGCACCGGGUUGUGUUGGACGGACACCACUACCUACUGGACGUCAUAGACACGGCCGGCACUAAACAGUUCUCGGAGAUGAGGGACAUAUACAUCAAGAGAGGACAUGGAUUCAUACUCGUCUACUCCAUAGGCUCCGAGGCCUCGUUCACAGAGAUACAGGGGAUUAGGCAACAGAUACUGGAUGUUAGGGGAAAGGCUGAUGAGGAGAUGGUGCCCAUGGUGUUGGUGGGGAAUAAGUGCGAUUUGCUCCCCGAGGACCGGGAGGUCAAUCAGUUUGUGGCCCAACUCACCAUCAAUAAGCAGAUGAACGACUGUCCCUUUUUCGAGACCUCAGCCAAAGAGGGCAUUCAUAUUCAGGAGGUCUUCACGGAUAUUGUC